UCUUUUGUCCAUGAUGAAAAUGUGCAACAAGAGAAGGAAAACACUAGUGCAUAUAAGGAUAGUAACUCCUUCCUUUUCUGAACUUAUAUUACCAAUGUCAAGAAUCAUGAGAAGAUUACCAUAAGAACUUUCAUGCUGAUACACCAAUGAAAUCAAAUCUAAAACACAAAAUACUCCUUGCAUACCUGUUGUUGCUUCUUUUCAUUAUGAGCUUAUCUUCUAUAUGCUUAUUUAUUCAUAGCUCUGCAUCCAUUUCAAAACUACCAAAAUAUAUUUAUCUUUAAAAUGCACUUCAUUAUUCAAUACAUGUACUAAUUGUUAGGUUCUCGUUACAGGGUUCGUUGGGUCAGGAGUCGACAUCUCAAGAUGCUCUUUGUGUUGGCAAGACAAAUUCAAAACAAAAAAGAGUAUAUAGCGAUAGUCGUAGUCAACAAUUUGGUACCAUUGGGCGGCAGAAUAAUGUGAUGAGCAAGGAAAAUUUUCUCUAUGACAUGGAGAUGCAUCCAUCAAACAAACGUCCUUCUAAGGAUAAGAACAAAGAUACCUCUAUCCAUGAUGAACAUGUGCAACAAGUGAAGGAAAACACUAGUGCAGAUAAUCUUGGUGGCCAGAACACUAGUAAGAUCUCAAGAGGAGCUAAUGCAACAAAGCAUGCCAAUAAACAACAAUGCAGUACAACAAAUUACCUGGGUGCCGACUCAAUAGAUGUUGGCACUGUAGUCUUUUUGAAGAGCUUAGGAAAUCCAAACAGGAAUGUUGCUCUUGGUACGCUACAAAGCAUUGAGCCAGAAUAUAAAGUUGAGGGUGUUCAUCUUGGUAACCAAUUCUGGGCAGUGCGAGUUGAUGCUACAUUAGCAAAAUCUGAUCAGUUGAUACGACCACUAAAAAAGGUCAACAUUAUUGGUCAUGCAGCAGGAUUAAUUAUCGCAUGGCCUUCAACCUUUAUUGCGAAGAUAAAUUGAUGAUGUAUGGCGCAGAUGUUGAUUGCAAGUUGGACAAUGGAGCUGCUAUUCGAUAGUCUUAUGUAGUGUUUUAGGAUGUCAUUUCUAGUACCAAUGUUUCAAACAUUAUGUUUUAGAAUGGUUCAGGCGUUGUUUGAAACGUCCAGACUUAGGCUACUAUGUAGUAUCACUUACUGUAACCUUUGGAUCAUGUUAUUUGUAAUGCAACAAAGUCAAUUUAAUAUAUGAGACCUUUAUAUUUA